AUGACUAAGGACAAUUCAAGAACCACUCAUGGUGAUGCCGAGCCUGGGACUCAAUCCUCUCAUCGACGGCUUGCCCUGCCAGCGUGGCUGGACCAUUUCAAUGUUGAAGAUAUGAAGAUUGUCCUGCGCUGCUGGGUUGCCAUCUGGAUAUCGUCAAUUUUGAUGUUUAUCCAACCGUCAUUGAACAGCAUUGGCGUAGCCACCUUUUUCGGCCCGUUAAUGCUGUAUCUCAUACCACCCACUGGAGUUCUUUCCGCAUACCUUGUGAAUACUUUCUUCCUGUUGCUUGGCAUGUGCUUGGCGUGGGCGUGGGGGCUUAUAACAAUGAAAGCAGCCCUGGCAGCUCGGCCCUCUUCCCAAACUCGAGCUAUGAUCGAGAAAUUGAACCAUCAAGUAAUGUUGGAGUCCCAGGGGUCAGAUAAAAGCGUGUCUUGGAUAACGGAAAAAUUGAUCCAUGAAGGGUUUAUGCUGGAUGCUCGGGUCACCGUGGUGUUUUAUGUGAUGAGUUGCAUCUUUGUCUACACAAUGGCCCGAUUACGAGUUGCCAAUCCGAAGUUUGCCCCGGGAGAGGUUUUCGGUAAUAUUGUCAUGGAUCUCUUCCUUCUGUACGGGCCAACACUGCCUUCCUUCACUGGAGAAUUAGGUAAAGUCCUGGUUUUGCCUGGUGCAAUAGGAAUUGGCCUGGGUGUCGCGUGUUGUCUGUUGUUCUUCCCACAAUCCACGUCCUAUUCCAUAUUGUCAAAAAUGGAGGAAAUCGCUGAGACGUGUCAGACGUCGUUACAGUUCACGCGAACUUUACUGGCGGGAGGGUCUGUACAGCCUGGCCAGCUAUAUUCUACAAAAGCGAAGAACAUCGCUGCCUUGAAAGCAAUACAGCCCAUGCUCUCGUUCUUACCAGUCGAUAUUUCUCGCUGUCGCUGGAAUACAGAAGAUAUACGAAGUCUAUAUGAGCCUAUGCGGCAGUUUAUGGCAGCCCAUGUGACCCUGCUUGACUUUCAUAUCGCUCGAGCAAAGUUCGAGCAAAGAAUCAAUGGGUCGCAGUCAAAAAAGACGAAAAUCGAAGAUAUCUCAGAGAAAGUUGCAGCAGAUAAUCACAAACUACGAGGAGACGAAGAUCUGACACUUGCAUGGGAGGCGCCUGAAUUGGGCUUGUUACGCUCGCAAACGAAAGAGUCACUGAAUAGAUCUAUGACCAGGAUAUUGCCGAUGUACUCAGAGUGUCUUUGCACCAUCGAGGAGACUUUCCGGUUUAUCAACACUCGUCGUUGGCGCCUUUCAACAUCUUCAGAACAACCUGACCAGAUUCUCACUCAGGGGGAAUCACUCCUCAGUCGACUCAAGCUCGCAAAAAGCAAAGCAGUCAAUGAGACUGCCGAUUUAUUGAUUGAAUGCCAUGCGGAUAUAUUUAGCGAAGAAGGGUCCCUCAAGUCUCCUGAGUUCGUGUAUCCUCACUCCCUUCGCAGUCUAGCACUGGCAAUGGUAAUCGAGGAACGUAUUCUUCAAUGCGUCGAAGCCGGAGAAGAGCUUCUCACAAAAGUCCUACAGUUAACAAAAGAUCGCCCGGUGGAGCGUGUUUGGUUUCCUGAUGGACCACGUUAUACUCUAUCCUGGCUCCUUAAUGGAGUCCGAGAUAUCCCGAUGUCCAUGUCCUUUUUUAGGACCGAUCUGAAUCCAGAAACGGCGAACAUCGGCCGUAAAGAUCCUCCGCAAUUCAGACUAACUACUCGGAUUAUCCGUAACAGCUAUCAUUGGCUGACGGAUCCAGCGGGCAUUUAUGCUCUGCGAAUGGUAGUGGUCACCAUUGCCACAGCUAUUCCAGGCUCCUUGCCACAUACCGCUGGGUUUUUCUAUCGCGAAAAAGGUCUUUGGGGGGUCAUCACAGCCCAAAUCUGCGUACUCGUCUACAUGGCUGACUUUGUGUUCUCACUUUGCGGUCGUGUUGCCGGAACCAUAAUCGGGGGAGUGUUGGGCAUGGUAGCCUGGUACAUUGGCUCAGGCAGUGGUCCCGGAAACCCGUACGGCCUAUCAGCUAUCACUGCUGUCAUGACACUAGCGUUAGUGUGGUGCCGAAUUUUCUUCCCACACUCCCUAGUAGGAACGGCCGUGAUGAGCGGUGUAUCUUUUGUGUUGGUCGUGGGUUUCAGCUACGAUGCCACGCACAUAGAAACAUACGGCCUUCCUGGGUACGGAUACGAAGCAUUCUACAAAAGAGUGGUAACAGUCCUGCUUGGAAUAUUGGCUGCGCUGAUCGUUCAAAUAUUUCCACGCCCGCCUUCAGCUAGCCAGCAUGUCCGCAAAUCUUUAUCAGGCUCUGUACGCACAUUGUCUGACAAUUAUGCAGUUCUACUCUCAUGUUGGAACCGAGAGGAUUCUGAGUGGGCCAAUUCAAAGACAGAUCAGAUAUCCCUACAGAUUACAGAGAGCCUGUUGUCUCUGCAGGGACCAAUAGGCAUGCUGAAGCUGGAGCCUAGGAUGGGGCCAUUUAGUCAACAGACGCUUGAACGCACACGGGAGCUGUGCCAGGACAUCAAUCAGAGCUUUGCGAGCCUGCUGAAUCUCCAAAGCACUCUUCCUCUCACCUUGCAAGAUCGCCUUGCCCGCACAGUUGGCAUACAGGAAGAAGAAAAUAUCAAUGCGAUCAUGCUGGUUUUGCGAGUCAUCGAUCAGGCACUUAAGACCGGAGACCCUCUGCCGGAACGCCUGCCAACCUUGCGUACCGCAACAUUUGCUGGUUCAAAAAGGCACGUUACAGACCUCAGUACUACACUACUUAGAGACAGCGACUACCGUCGCUACUGCGUAGCUGUUAUUUCAUAUUUGAAGUUUCUGUCGGCCGUUGAUAAUAUUGUGCUGUUAUUUAAGGACGAGCUGGGUCAGAGCCAUAUUGUACAUGGUCUAGGGUUUGCGGAAGCCGUGUGA